GGGAGCAGCUGUGUGAUGGUCUGUGUUUUCAUUUCGCAGAAGAUCCGUGUGGAUCGCCUCGGCUUCUGUGGCUUGAGUGAUCUGAUUCUUGCAGCUGACUGACAGCUGCGUUUUACACUGCCCUGGGUGUAGAAAUCGGAAUUCAGGUGCUUUUUAUCAUGCUGAUGGGCCAGGACCAGGGAUCCCUUUGCUUGGGUUUGUGUCUGUGGUUUUGUGGAUUCUUGGCUUCCUUUAAAGGCUGUGCAGGCUGCGCGUCUGAAGAACAGCUCUUCCACACGCUGUUUGCCCACUACAACCGAUUCAUCCGGCCGGUGGAGAACGUUUCUGACCCUGUCACGGUGCACUUUGAAUUGGCAAUCACACAGUUGGCCAAUGUGGAUGAAGUCAACCAGAUCAUGGAAACCAAUCUGUGGCUGCGUCACAUCUGGAAAGACUACAGAUUGCGCUGGGAUCCAACGGAGUAUGAUGGCAUUGAGACACUCCGUGUUCCAGCAGACAAGAUCUGGAAGCCGGACAUUGUUCUGUAUAACAAGUAUGUGUGCGACUUCCAAGUCGAAGGCAGAACCAAAGCUCUUCUGAAGUCUGAUGGCAUGAUAACCUGGACCCCGCCAGCCAUCUUCAAGAGUUCUUGUCCUAUGGACAUCACCUUCUUCCCUUUUGAUCACCAAAACUGUUCCCUGAAGUUUGGCUCCUGGACUUACGACAAGGCUGAAAUUGACCUCCUGAUCAUUGGCUCUAAAGUGGACAUGAGAUUUUGGGAAAACAGUGAGUGGGAAAUUGUCGAUGCCUCGGGCUACAAGCAUGACAUCAAGUACAACUGUUGUGAGGAGAUUUACACAGACAUCACCUACUCUUUCUACAUCAGGAGGCUGCCCAUGUUUUACACCAUUAACCUCAUCAUCCCCUGUCUCUUCAUCUCCUUCCUCACUGUGUUGGUCUUUUACCUUCCUUCUGACUGUGGCGAGAAGGUUACUCUCUGCAUCUCAGUUCUGCUCUCUCUGACCGUCUUUUUGCUGGUGAUUACUGAGACCAUUCCAUCCACCUCUCUUGUGAUCCCACUGGUGGGUGAGUAUCUACUGUUCACCAUGAUCUUUGUCACCCUGUCCAUUGUGGUGACUGUCUUUGUGCUGAAUAUACACUACCGGACACCAGCAACACAUACCAUGCCCAAGUGGGUGAAGACCGUUUUCCUUCAAGUUUUCCCCUCAAUUCUGAUGAUGAGGAGGCCUCUGGACAAGACCAAGGAGGCAGAUGAUGUUAAAGACCGCAAAAGCCUUCCCAAGAGACCUGCCAAGGUCAAGUUUGCUCAUCAAAGAGAGCCCAAACUUCUGAGGGAAUGCUGUCACUGUCAAAAAUCAAGUGAGAUAGCUCCUGGCAAGAGAAGAUUGAGUCCGCAGCCUGCGCAGUGGGUGACAGAGGAUUCAGAGCACUCACCAGAUGUGGAAGAUGUGAUCGAUAGUGUUCAGUUCAUAGCAGAAAACAUGAAGAGCCACAAUGAAACAAAGGAGGUAGAAGAUGACUGGAAAUACAUGGCCAUGGUGGUGGACAGGGUCUUCCUCUGGGUGUUUAUAAUCGUCUGUGUGUUUGGAACCGUGGGGCUAUUUCUGCAGCCACUGCUUGGGAACACCGGAAAGUCUUAAUCUAUAUUUUCCUUUUGCCUUCUGAAUCUUUUAGAUGUUGUGUCUGUUCUGAUCUACUUACCACAAGAAAAGGCCAAGUACCCAGUCUCCUAAACCCCAACAAGAAGGGGAAGGGGGACAACAUUACAACCUUAGGAGCCUGAAUAUAUGUCUUCGUUGUGCUGGGUGUCCAUUAGAGUGGUUUACCACCUUGGCGCCCAGAGCUGGCAGUGCUCCUAGGCCAGAAGCACUGACUCAGUUUCUCCACGCUAGGCAUUCUUUGUUUCCAGGAACAUGAAUGGUCCCUCACAGAGCCGGGCCCCACCGCUAGCAUCAGUCCACACCGAAAAGGGAUUCUCUUGUAUCUGAAGCUCCUAUUGGUGGUUGCAACGAUGUGUAAGACUAGAGAGAAACUCGGCAACACUGCUGACAUUUGCAACGCCUAUCUGCCACUCCACCCUACUUUCUUGUGCGUGUCUCUGUGAUGGAGCUCACACAAUUCUCCAACACAUGCGUGGUUAAAGAAGAAACCAGACGGUGUCUCUCUUAGCAGACUUUCAAUUAGUUGUACUAUUGGCUCUCUCUCACUGUGUGAAAAAUCACCUGAGAUAAUUAGUGUGAAAGGAGGAAGUUGAUAUGAAUUCACAGUUUCAGAGGAUUUAGUCCAUGAUCACUAGGCUCCACUGCCUCUAGACCUUUGGGGAGGCAAAUCAUCAUGACUGGCAUGCCUAGUAGAGGGCAGCUGUCCACUUCAUGACAGCUACCAAGAAAGCAAAAAGAGAGAAAGAAUCCAGGGUGCCAAUAUUCCCUUCAGAGGCACACGCCAAUGACUUAACUUCUUCCUAUAGGGCCUCAUGUCCCAGAAGCUCCACUACCUCCCAGUAGUGCAGAGGACUAAGUCUUUAACACAUGUCCUUGGGGGUGAUCCAAACCACAGCAGUAUUGUUCUGGCAGGACAUUUGGCUGGUACCCAGUACUAUGCUAGGUGCUACAAGGGUAACAUGAGUAGAUUCUUUCCCUUGUAAAGUUACAGCCUUUUAGAAAAGUCAUGCAAGAAAGACCAACAGGCUCAGGUAGUGGAGAAUGCCGCUAGGGCACCUCAAAUGAAAGAACCUAAUUGGGAAAAACCUAAAACCACUCUUGUGUUUCAGAUAGGCAUCUGUCUAAUCUUUUCCCGUGAACCCUUCACAUGCUCACUGCAUAGAGACCAAUAAAAUCUUUAAGAAAUUUUAAUCUUCUGCAUUUGGAGUGAUUUCUUUUCCAAGUGGGAGAACAUUGAGAAUUGUGUAG